GUUAAAUUGGAAGGAUGUGUUGCGCAGGAUGCGCUGUACGUUUUUGUGAAAGCAGCAGGCAGCUGAGAAAAUCAUUUUAAUCGCGCCAAAAAUCAAUAACACAAAGUGCAACAAAUAGAAAGCUGUUUGAAAGAUACUAAUACGAACUUAAUUUACAAGCUACGUUCAGUGCAGCUCCGUUGAUUAUAUAUUUUUACUUUUGGCUCGUUUUUCAUUUUGUCUGUGCCUCGUGCCGUUAUCUAGUGUGUGUGCGUGUGUAGGUGUGCGUGCUCGUGCCGUGUGGGCUUUACCGUUAAAAUUACGAAAUCGUUUUCAGGAAAAAUGAGGAAAAUUGCGUGCAGAUCAGGAUCUAGUAUAUAUUAGAACAAAAAUAAAAUAACAGCUGCAAUUAUCCUUAAUAUAUUCAGUUUACCUACAUACCUACAUACAUAUAUAUGUGCAUAUUACAUUUGCUGCCUUGUUUUUACCGAUUGUGGGAGGGCGUUUGCCUGUGUGUUGACGCUCAGUUCAACCUUUGGCUAUCUAAAAACAAAAGUGAAAUUAAUUCAAACGCCGCCUAAGCAGCUCCCUCCAGUCACAACCACAACAACAACAACAAAAACAACAAAAACAACAACAGCGAACAAGUUGACUUUCGCGUGUAACGGCACUUCUGAAACAGCACAACCCCAAGUCGCUACAGAAGCAGAAACAAUAACAACACCUGCAAACCUGGGGAGCAGCGCAACAGCAGCCAAAACUGCCGUUAGCUUCGCCGUUUUCUAACAAAAAGUUAUCAACACAAAGCCACAAAGAUUAUGGCAAAGGAUCCGGCAAAUUCACGUAUACCACGCUUUGACGGCAUCUCGAGAAUACCACAGCCGGGCAGCUUGCCCUCCGGCUUAACAUCACACAUUAGGCCACCGACAGCGGCUACAGCUUUAAGUACUUGCGUGCCAGCGAAUAGGACUACGCAUAAUUUUCGAAAGCCUGCAGUACCAGGAAUAGCUGGAGCACCGCGACCGAAAUCCUUUCAGGCUACAGGAAACAAACCUGAAUUGAGCAAUACCCUUAAGAAGAGUGCAUCAGGUGGUCGAUUAAACAAUGCGGUUAAUUUGCUCAGCAAGCAGACGACAACGGUCCUGAAGAAAUAUUUUGGAAAACCGGCGACAUCGACAUCGGAGCCCUCGCAAAUGACCUGCUCAUUGCCCAUAACGCCGGUCCCGGUACCCAAGCGUGCUAUGGUGUACAAUGAGGCUCUGACCACAAGCACGCCAAUGCCACUUCUGCGGUCCGAGACAUUUGUGUAUGGCGAUGGGAAUGUCGAUGAAGCCGAUACCGGCGAUGGGCACCCCAUAGUAAACACUGUGCCGCCGUUGGAAAAUGGCAAGGAGCGAGGCCAUUAUCAGAGCACUCCCCUGGAUGUGCUGCGCCCACCGCGCAUACAGAGCGCCUGUGAUGGGACACCUCGAGCUCUUCCAAAUAUACGCUCAUCGAAUUUUGGAUUCAGUAAGACCAUCGAUAUGGACUCAUCAGAAAUAAGAAAUGCAACUAUAGAGAGUGCUUGCUAUGAGACGCCUUCUCGAACUCUCUUGAGUACACGCAUUUCAAACAUUGGCUUUGGUAAGACUAUCGAUAUAGACUCACCGGGAAGCAGACAAGCAAAUGUUACACACUCAGUAGCGGCAAUGGGCCGCACCAUGCCUGUUGUUUGUGCCGACGUUACCGACGGAGAUCGCUUAUGUAGCACUGAUAUCGAGCCUGGAAAUGAAAAAGCCGAUGGGACACACACCAUCAACACAACAGCCACAAAUUUUGGUAUGACCAUGCAUGUUAUAACAGCGGCCAAUCUCACCAACAUUAUUGUGGGAGAACCAUCAAGCGAGCUGGCCUCGCCCCUCAGCAAUGCCACCUAUUCACGUCCUGGUUCCAUGGACAAUUUACCGCUACUGGAGCAUAUGUCCAUGCCUUCGGGUCUAAACUUGGUAAACGUGAAGCCAAUUUCAGGAGAGGAUUUGCAUAUGGAGCAUGAAGUUAAUAACUCAAUGGAUGUUACGUUGAUGCCGAUGACGCCGGAUAAAGCAAACAUGAAGUUACCUCUGAAUUCGACAUUGAAUACGGAGCGCUUGCUUGACAUUACUGGUCUGCAAUCGCCAGCACAUCACAUUCAGUUGCUUAAUCUAACUCGUGAGUUUAUGGAGACCACACCACCUCAGACACUUAAGCUUGGACAGCGCUCAGGAGUACCUCAAUCCUUGAUGUAUCUCACUCCACAAUCGGCUACAACGACGCCAGACCGAAAUACCAACUUAAAACUAGGCGUCUUACGUCAUCAGCAGACUCCAGUACCAGUUCAUCUGCUUUCGCCGCUGCUUAAGGGUGCACAAAGUGAUCUUGUGCUGCCCACACGCACUCCCGAAGACGAAGAGAAGAAGGCUAUGGAAACAGAUGAUACUUUGGUGACGACGGACGAGCAACAGCAACUUCAACAUGGCUCACUGCAGGAUGUGCAGCAGCAACAAAGGCACGGAAAAUCAAAAUCGCGCUAUUCUUUUGGUCUCGAUCUUCCCGAUUCUACUCUGGACUGUUCUAUAGAGCUGGUGGACAACUCGUUCUCCUCAAUGGCUGCGCGGAAUUCACUGCCAGGAAGCAACAUGUCCCAAUCAUCAUCUUCUCAACAGCUACAACAGCAACUUCUAAAGAAGCAACAUUCGUUCGAUCUAGAUGAAAGUCUGGGAAUCUUGACGCCAGAUCAAAUGAAGGAAUUUUUGGACUCGACGACAAAUAAUAUGAGUAGUCAAAAUAACUUAGAAUUGCCGGUGAGUAGCAAUAAUCCUUCCGGCAAUCGCCAUGGACAGCGCCUCUCGCUUCAACAAUUGCGAAUGGAUCAAACGCCUUCGCCGGAGGAGCUGCCCCUCGAUCCCGUGGAGGUAAAAACGGAUAUUACAGAGCUUUUACUACAGCAGCGAAAACAACAACAGACCGAGCUGCCACGUGCUCCUCAAUUCCAAAACGCAUCAUUGCAGUCACAGAAUGGCCAGAACGAUCCCCAUUCGCUUCUUACAGAUACGGAACAUUCAAAGGCGGAACCAUUGAGUAAAUCUUGCAAUUCGAAAAUAUCCAACUCUUUCAUUACGAGUGUGACUAGUGUGACCAGUUUGGACACUGGUUACCAGGGUGACGGUGAAAUGUCUCGUCCCGCUUCACGUGGAGCCUGCGAUCACUCGCCCUCCAAUGGUGGACAUGCCCGCAAGUUGGGCGUUAGUCGCCAGCCCAGUUUCCAACAGCAGCCAGCAGCGAUGGCUGCUCCCGCAGCACCUAUGCGUCGUCAGGAUCCCAUGACCGAUUCAGAUUUCUUUACCGAAUCCGAUGCCGACGAUGUGUUGCAGCGUGGCGAUCGCCGAGCUCAAGUUAUCGAUGGCCAACUCUAUGGCCCUGCACACAUGCAGCCGAGUGCUUCGGUUUUUAUUAGCGAGGAUCCCCAAUUGGAAGACUCGUGUAUGGAAUCAUCUGGAAUUUUCACAGAUGUCGAAAAUCGGUGCGACGAAGAUCCUUCGCAAAUGCGCCGACAGCAUGAGCAUCAGGACGUGGAUAUGUCGCCAGACAACGAAGGUGGGGACGAUUCCACAGGCACUGUACGCAGUCAGCUGCGACUGCGGAAGAAUGCGUCAGGAAACGCUCUGGGUCAAGGUCGUCCGCACUCUUCAUUGCUCGUGCACAGUAACAGCUGCAGCGCUGAGGAGCGGCUCUCUUCAUCCGCUGGCACUACGCUCUCGAACCGCACAUCUUACUGUAGUGUGGACGGCGGCAGCGCUGCGCUCGCGAUCGACAGCAAAAGCUUCAACGAUGGUGAAGCUUUGACGCUGCUCGCUGCCUCGCAAAGCGAUCAGCGACUGUCAGUUGAGCGCGUAGACUCGUCGCGUGCGCACGGCAACGGCAACUGCAACGACAGCGGCAACGGAAGCAACAGCAUCAGCAACAACAAGAAUAUCACGUCGUGUUCGUUAACGUCGCUUUGUCCAGUGCAAAAGUCAUCGUCGGCGUUGUCUGUCGAGCAUUUUAAUGCAUCGCCCUCGGCGUCAUCGCCGUCAACUUCAUCGUCUAGCUCGUCAUCAAUUUGUACACCCAAGUCGUGCAAGUCGAGUAAACCAACAACUAGUGCCGUAAAAUCAAAGCGACCCUCGCACUCGCCCUUGUCGUCGCACACGCCCCCCGCGCGUAAAUCGCACACGCCCAACAAAUGGGAUGCCGUGAUGCAUAAAAUUGCAAGCAAUAAGCCUCUGAUUAAAACCAAUUACAAUGAUGUGAAAUCCAAAGUGUCCACCACGCGACCCAUGACUGCAGUUAAUGCUGUCAGUGCUAGUCCGAAAUCAUCGACUGGUAGCCCUGGCGCCCGAGCCAGCCCCAUUGCCAGGGCGAGUCCGAGCACCGGUGUGCGUCGAUCGCCUUCACUGACUGCUGCACGCAGCGGCACCGCCAGUCCUGCCACGCCUAAAUCCAAACCACAGACGCUGCACAUAAGGCGCAACAUUGGCAGCAAUGGAGCUGGCGUCAAAACUGCAACGCCCUCUCCUCCACCGCCGUCGUCGACGUCAACGCGGCAGCCACAGGAUAAAGGCUCAGUUGGCGUCGGCGUCAGCGCUGUUCGUGCCCCAGUGGCUAAAUCUCCCACAUCGCCACCGCCAAAACGAUUUCAAUCCAGCAGUAGCGCACUGACUAAGCGAGGACGCUCGUACAGCAAGGACAGCCAGAAGAGUUCGCAGAGCGAUUUGAGCUUGUUCGGCAAUGGAAAUGAAGGAGUGGCUGUGUCGCCAACAACCGCGACUUCAACGUCCUUGGCCGGCAGCGAUUCAGCGAAGCCUUUGGCAAAAACUCAAUUGCGAGCUGCCAAAAAGCGUGAUGUGCGCAAUCUGAGCAUAUCACCCACCGAUCUGGGACCGCCGCCAAAGACCCAACAGACCGUCAAGGGACAAUCGACGCGAACCAAGUCGUCAACGCCCUCGCCCACAGCGACAAAAAAAUACACAAACACCAGCAAUCUUGUUUCAACGUGCACCAGCACCAGCAGCCUUAAGAACGCCAAGCCAACGCGUUCCGACGUAGUUAUAGUGUCGAAAAGCCAGUCAGCCCAGUCCGUAGUGCACCCGAAACUUUUCCAGAAGCAGCAGCCGACAAAGCAGCCCCUUUUACAUCAGAAGCCGCUCUACAAAAUAUCGGAGCAGCAGCCACAAGCCAAGGUGGUGGUCCUACAAGACCUACAGAAGAAAGAAAAGGAGAGGCCCAAAGCGGAUUCUAAAGAAUCCAUACGCCUUGAUCAAACGGAAUUGCACGAGCUGACUGGCACAGAACUACAAGUUCCAAAAUGUGCCGAAUCAGAGGUAAAAACUAAAGGCAAGACUAGAGCAUCCACUCCCCCUACCACCAACGAGGCCGAACUCAGAGCGACACGGCACGAUAGCGUGGGACAAGAAGCUAAAUAUAAGAAAAUUAUCCAAGCUUCAACGCCGCCAAGGUUCGAUGCCACGAAGCCCAAUGACUGCCAACGGCAAUCCAGAACCCACGACGCGAGCAACCCUGAAGAUGCGAAUCAAUCCGGCGUCAAUGUGAUUGCGACCGAUGAUCAACCGAUGACAGCGGGUGCCGACGGCAUUGCUGCUGAGGACUGCAGAGUUAACCUCGGAAGUAACUGUCCACACAUUGCUCCUGAGCAAAAGGAUGUAUAUGCAGCUCACAGAACCACGGAGACGUCAACAAGCUCACAAUGCGGGCGCAGCCAGUCGCCUCCCCCCGUUAAGCCCAAGCCCGCGACAGGAUCGCGUGCAGGAAGGUGCCGCCUAAGUGUCACCAAGGACCUGUGCUCAAAAUGUCCAUCACUCAAGCCCUUUGUGAAGAAUGAACACUUGGACUGCACGAGCUUGGAACAUUUUGUGGCGAACACCCACAACAGACAGAAGGAACAGGAUAAACAAGUGCUGGGACUCGCCAUGGUGGUGCAGCACAUAUCCGAUGAACUCCUCAAGACCAACAAAGCUUGCAAUAAAAAGCCAAAAACAGACUAUAGUAGUGAGUGUCCGUAUACGCUGGAACAGGCGACGGAAUUGCUGAAGGAUGCUCAGCGGAAAUGUGAGGAAUUGCGCGGGCAGGUCCACGAAAAGGAGGCGGACUGGAUGAAAGAUGAGAAGGAAAUGGAGCACAUGUUCAAUUGUGAGAUGCAGAAGGUGCUUGAAAGCCAUGAAAAGGAACGCCUCAUGACCAUUGAACGAUUUCGCGAACUAGAGGCUCGCGUCCAACAAAAGGAGGAGGAGAGCGAGCAAUGCCUGCAAACCUAUCGUGCCGAAAUGGCGCGCAAACUAACCCACAAACAGGAACAACUGAAAGCUGCCGAGGAGCAGGUCCACAAGCUGCAGUCGUGCCUGCAACAAGCCGAGGCUCAGGAACAACAGCUGCGGGAGAAGUGCCAAUGCUUGGAGAAUUCGAAUGCCAGUAAUAUGGCCAUCGCCAAUCAUCGAGAACAGGAACUAUCCGACCGUAUUAAAGUGCUGACCAAAGAGCUCAAUACAAUGCGCACCAAUAUGGAGUUUAAUGAGCGCGACUUGCGGGAUCGGCUGGCCCUCUCACAGGACGAGGUGUCUGUGCUGCGCAAGACGCGCCAUUGUCCAAAUGAGUCGAAGAACGCGCCCACGGAUGCGGAGGUGUGCCGUCUGACCAGUGAGGCGGAUAGCUUGCGAUGUGUUUUGGAACUGAAGCAGUCCGAGAUCUCGACGCUGACCAAGAAGAACGCGGAGCUAAAGCGUGAGAACGACGAACGCAUGAACAUUAUGAAUAAACUCACGUUGUUGGAGGCGCAAAACGAAAUGAUUCGCACCGAACUGGAAGCCAAGUGCGAGAAGGAAAAAGAGUAUGUGCGACAGAUUGAGGAGAUCCAGAAGGCUCACACCCACGACAACUACAAAUGCCAGCGCCUCUCGCUCGACAACGAGGUCCUGCAAUACACGCUGAAGCAUCGAUCGGAGCAGUUGCAGCUGGUGGAGGCCAAGCUGGCUGAGCUAUCGUCGGACAACUCGCACAACUUCACCCACAACCGAUCCUCUCUGGGCAACAACUGCAGCUCCCGAUGUGGCAAUCACACCUCGCCGCCGGUUUCCCCCAUCGUCAAGGGUGUCAUUGAGAAGAACGAUUCGGUGUCGUGGGUCCUGGAAAUGGAUGAUGAAACGCCACAAGUGGCUGCCUCUAAAAUGGUCAGACGUGCGGGUUCCCUGCGCUGUUCUAGCGAGCGUAGUCCGACCCAGCGUCGUCAGCUUUCCGUUAGUGCAGGAAACUCCUUGUGCUGCAACGGCAGCCCAACUGCCGCCCAUGGCGCCAGUAGUGGUGCUGCUGCGGGUCCCAAUCCGCUGUCGCAGAGCAUGUCAGCCACAUCUGUGAUCCGCACCCAUUCCAACGAAUCAGAAUCUCGCCCACACUCGCGAGCGCGGUCUCUUUCGGUGUGCUCGAAGGGCACCUGCGAUGGUUGCGAGAAGCACAAGUAUGCACGGAAGUCCGCAAGGCGCCAGCGUUCCGGAGGUGACCUCCAAGUUCCCGAUUGGAACGAAGAAGCUAUGCGGACCAGUUCGCCCAAUCAUGAAAUAAUGCGUCCACGCAGCUCAACCAUCAAGUUAGCCUCGCCCCCGCAGUCGCGCAGCGAGCUCUUCAGUCGCGCCAGCAAGGCCAGCACGCUCAUUACCUGCGAUAGCUCCUCACUGACCAGUGGCGAGCGUCUGGACAUGCACAGCGCCUACCCGAGUGCGCUGAAGAAGAAAUUCCAUGAGAUACAAGAGUCCGCUGGCGAGGCCAUGGUAUCAGGCACCAACUCUGAAGACGAGAGUUGUUCGGCCUCAUCGGAGGACAUGGGCAGUUCGUCCUCCUCCACGGCCUCGGCAGGGCAACAGCUGCAGAAGCAGCAGCCACCAUCGCGUCUAUUCAUCGAGGAGGCGUUGCUUCUGGAGCGGGCAAACAGCCUUAAUGGCACGCCCAUGGAGGUCAGCUGGUCCGAAGACGCCGUGGAUGCCACCGAGUCGGUCUACUCCAAUGGCGCAUGACAGCCGGGCGCCAUGUGCUACGAGGAGCGCGCUGUGAUUGAACAGAUUGCCGAGGCAGCCGAGGAGGCUUAUGAAAUGGCAGCGUACGAUGCUAUCGAUGUGGAUGACGUGGAGGAGCAGGAGGAAGAGGAGCUCGUUGUGGGCGGCGAUCAGGACCCGGACUUAGAUGGGCAUGAUAACGACAAUGGUGGUAAUGAUGAUGAUGAUGAUGAUGAUAGCUUUUAAAGCGGAGCGCAAUGUAAAUUGUAGAACAAUUGAAAGGAAGUAAGCCAAGCUAGGUCGCCUAUAAGAGGUCUAAUGAUAAACAGCUCAAAGAGAAGAGGGGGAGGAAUGAAUGGAUUCUUAAUGAAAACAUACAUAUAUAUAUAUACCUUAAAAUGUAGCCGAAAAUUAAUUUAUCAAGUUUGUGUAAAUAAUUGCAUUUAGCUUAAGAUAAAUGAUAACUGAUAAAUGAUGAUGAUGAGCAGGCAGGAAGAUGAAAACAAAUGCUGAGAACUCAUACGAAAAGUUUUAAAAGUAAAAGCAAGCGGAGCCGUCACAGUCUGUUCUACGAGAAGUUAAAGAAAAGAAAAGGGAGAUAUAAACCAACAAAAAACAUUUUUAAUGCAAGUCAAACGAGUCGCAGAGCCAGAAACAAGGUUUUGAAGGCGAAGCCAAUAAAAUACAAAUACAAAUACAAAAACAAAUACAAAUAGAAUGCAAAUUGCGAAAACCAACUACUAUUUAAAAUGUUUCAGAAAUAAAACCAAAUUGAAAACUAAAACUAAACCUACAUAAUUUCAGUAAUUGGUAGCAUUUAGCAGACAUCGUAUGAAUAUUUGCAUAAACACACAUACACGUACGCCACAUUUAAUAAGUACAUACGAUGCUGGAUAUACCUAUAUACAUAUACUUGUACACAUAUGGCUAGCAACCCAACUAUUGUAUUCUAAUUGUAUUCAAAUGAUCUGUUUAUGAACGGCCCAGCUCCCUUCCCUUCCCAUGAAGCCCAACAACAAAUUCACUUGAUGUCCUUAGAUAAAACAUUUUUAUGCCCGCUUUAGGGUAGUUAUCGAUUAGUGGGGAGCAACCAAUACAUAAUAUUACAAAUACUAUACCUAUAUAUGACAUAUUGUACUAUAAUGCAUAUGUGUAAAUGUCAGUGCCGGGCCUGAUGAGUUAAGCUUUAAUUUUGUAUGUUUCGUAUUUAAAUUAGUAUUUAUUAUUUAGUUUUUAAAUUGUGCGCUAGCAAUAGUUCGAAGCAGUGGCAGAAAUGAAAUUCGUUUGCUUUAAUACUAUAUUUACUUUAGUUUCUAGCUUAGUUAACCGAGCAUUGUUUUUUUAAUUUGUUGUUGUAACGGAACAGUUUUUCUAUGCAUAAGUUUACAAAUACGUAAAGUUUAUAACAGUUAAUCAGUUAAUAACGUGCUGCAUUGUCAUUAACUUUUAAGGAUGUAAUUUUAAUUUGUAAUCUGUAAUCUGUAGAAGCAACCGCUGGCGCUACAGAUUGUCUGUCGUCCAAUUGUGUGUGAAGCGUGGAAAAUGGAUAAAAACAAGGAAGGAGUUACGCAGAAACCUUCAAAUAUUUUUUGCAAAACAAUCUAAAACCUUAAAUAAAAUAGUAAUUGUUUCAAAAACUAAA